GUAGCCGGAAGUGCCCCUACGGAAACCGGCGGGUCCGCGCGCGGCACCUCACCAUGGCGACCGCGGCGGCUCCGCGGCGCUUCUGCCGCUGUGCCUGCUUCCGCUCCGAGAACUUGUACGUGGCGCGCUACGGCCUGCACGUGCGCUUCCGGAGCGAGCAGCAGCUGCGCCAGGACUACGGCCCCGUCCUGCGCAGCCGAGGCUGUGUCAGCCCCAAGGACUUCCAGCAGCUGUUGGGAGAGCUUGAGAAGGAGGUGGAGCGGCGGCAGCGGCUGGGGCAGGAGUCGGCUGCCAGGAAAGCCCUCAUUGCGAGCUCCUACCACCCAGCGCGGCCCGAUGUCUACAACUCGCUGCAGGAUGUGGCUCUGGCCCCGGAGUUCCUGGCCGCAGCUGAGUACAGCACAUCGCCAGGUGCAGACCUCCAGGGCCUUCUCCAGCGGCUGGAGACAGUUUCGGAGGAGAAGCGUAUCUACCGGCUGCCGGUGUUCACAGCGCCGUUCUGCCAGGCCCUGCUGGAGGAGCUGGAGCACUUCGAGCAGUCGGACAUGCCCAAGGGAAGACCGAACACCAUGAACAACUACGGGGUGCUGCUACAUGAGCUGGGCCUGGAUGAGCCACUGGUGACGCCACUGAGGGAGCGCUUCCUGCAGCCGCUGAUGGCCCUGCUGUACCCAGAGUACAGGGGCUGCCUGGACACCCACCGCGCCUUCGUGGUCAAAUACGCGCCAGGCCAGGAUCGCGAGCUGGGCUGCCACUACGAUAACGCCGAGCUCACCCUCAACGUGGCCCUGGGCAAGGCCUUCACGGGGGGCGCCCUCUACUUUGGGGACCUCUUCCAGGCACCUUCAGCCCUGGCCAACCCCCUGGAGGUGGAGCACAUGGUGGGCCAGGGCAUCCUGCACCGGGGGGGCCAGCUGCACGGGGCCCGGCCCCUGGGCACCGGUGAGCGUUGGAACCUGGUCGUCUGGCUCCGCGCCUCUGCUGUGCGCAACCGCCUCUGCCCCAUGUGCUGCCGCGAGCCCGACCUGGUGGACGACGAGGGCUUUGGCGACGGCUUCACCCGCGAGGAGCCCGCCACGGUGGAUGUGUGUGCACUGACUUGAGCCUGGCUGGGGCCAGUCGCGGGGGUGGUGAGGGGCAGAAAUAAACACCCUGCAGCCCUCAGCACAUCUUGGUUCAAAA